AUGGUUUCUUCCUCCGCCCCUCUCUUCCUCGUUCUUUUCUACUACAACGGCAACGGCAACGGCAACAACAACAACGACGACGACGACGACGACGAGAUGGCGAAGUUUGUGUCACUUUUAAAAUUGUACCAGAUCACCAAAUUAAGCUCGACGCUGGGAAGUUUGUAUAUAUUGGCAUACGCUGCGAUAUGCCGUAUGCUUCCCAACAGAGUCUACAAGGACCGACUGCUUUGA